GCUGAACUGACCAUUGUUUAUUCUUGUUUACCUUUGCAAGUGGUUGAAUAUUGUGAACUUUUCUUGUCCCUAUUAAAGAGGUAUCAAUAAAAGACUAAUAGGUCAGCAAUGCCCAUACCUAGAGACUUGUAUAGAAAACGUCCACUUAAAUACAAUGAGGUUGCAAUGCUCUGCAUUUUUCAGAUAGAUUUGUACUGUUUUCAGCUUCACUGGUGCGUUAAGAGGUGAAAAGUUCACCGUGACGUCAAGUUCAGAGGUGUCAGCCAGGAUCCUUGGGAUAUGUGGUUAUUUGGGCGCAGUACAAAGAAGAAGUCACAGACUAAGAAGAUGCCCAAGAAGUAUACCUUCAGCCAUGUCAAUGAUGAGAGCCCUGAAGAAAUAGCAGUGAAACAGCUGAGAAGUUCAGUGAAAGAUAUACUCAAAUCCCAUCAAGACAAUGAUGAUUACCUCAGAAAAUGGCUUAAAGCUAGAAAUUAUGAUGUCAUGGAAGCUGAAAGAAUGUUUAGAAAUAGCAUGGCUUUCCGCAAAAAGAUUGGUGCUGACACAUUGCUACAGAAGUACACGCCUCCUGAG